AUGUGCGAGAAGUCCACCAUCAGGAAGAGGCACAUGCACCUCACUGAGGAAAUCCUCAAAAAGAACCCCAGCAUCUGCUCCCACAUGGAGCCGUCGCUGAACACGCGCCAUGACAUUGUCGUCGUCGAGGUCCCCAAGCUCGGGAAAGAGGCGGCAGAGAGGGCGAUCAAGGAGUGGGGCCAGCCGCUGUCCAGGAUCACCCACGUCAUCUUCUGCACCACUUCCGGAGUGGACAUGCCGGGCGCCGACUACCAACUCACCAGGCUGCUCGGCCUCUCCCCGACGGUGAAACGCCUCAUGAUGUACCAGCAAGGGUGCUUCGGCGGUGCCACCGUGCUCCGCAUGGCCAAAGACAUUUCCGAAAACAACCGCGGCGCACGUGUGCUAGUGGUCUGCUCGGAGAUCACCGCCACCGCUGCCAUCAUUGGUGCGGACCCUGACGAGCCCUUCGAGAAGCCACUCUUCCAGCUGGUAUCAGCGAGGCAGACCAUCCUGCCCGGUUCCGAGGACGCCAUCAACGGCCACCUUACGGAGGCGGGGCUCACCAUCCACCUUCUCAAGGACGUUCCCGGGCUCAUCUCCGAGAACAUCGAGCAGGCGCUCGAGGAUGCCUUCAAGCCUCUGGGCAUCGACGACUGGAACUCCAUUUUCUGGAUCGCACACCCUGGCGGCCCGGCGAUCCUGGACAUGGUCGAGGAGAAAGUUGGCCUUGACAAGGAACGCAUGCGCGCCAGUCGAGAGGUCCUGUCGGAGUACGGCAACAUGUCCAGUGCAUGUGUCCUCUUCGUCCUCGACGUGAUGCGUAAGACCUCUUCCCAGGAUGGCCACGCCACCACAGGAGAGAGUAAGGAGUGGGGUGUGCUCUUCGGCUUCGGCCCAGGCCUCACCGUCGAGACACUCGUCCUCUACAGCGUCCCGAUUGCAGCCACUGCAUGA